UAGGCUUUAGCCGCGAUGUCCGAGUACGAAACUCCAGGAGACUCUGCUUACACCUCCGUCGACAUGGUGACAACCGAGUCCCACCAGGACCAGGACCUGAUGGUCCCCGCCGACGCCCCGGACCUGAACCUGAACCUGGACUCGCAGGGCGAGGAGCAGGCCUCUGGUUCUGCUGCCUUCGACCCGGAGAAGCUGGGUCAGGGUCCAGUCAACGCCAUCACGGUUCUGACUCUGCUCGACAAGCUGGUCAACAUGCUGGACGCCGUGCAGGACAACCAGAACAAGAUGGAGAUGCACCAGGUCCAGAUGGAGGGUGUGGUCAGAGGGAUCCAGGCGGACAUGACCCGGCUGUCCAAGAGUCACAGCCACACGUCCAACACCGUCAGCAAGCUGCUGGACAAGAGCCGCAAGCUGUCCGUGACCAUGAAGGAGGUCCGGGAGAGGAUGGAGCGUCAGGGCGCCCAGGUGAGGAAGCUGGAGGCGAACCACGCCCACCUGAUCAGCAGGAACAACUUCAAGGUGCUCAUCUUCCAGGAGGAAAACGAGAUCCCGACCAGCGUUUUCAUGAAGGAGCCUCCUCCGUUUCCUCGGGAUGAGAUCCUGGAGGAAGGCGAGCCGUCUGCUCCGGGUCUCAGCGACGGCAGGCAGGACGGAGAAUUCCAGACCAUCGACCUGUCGUCUGACGAAGACGUUGGUCUGGAGGCCGACAUGGACGAAGAGGAGCCGUGGCCUCAGGAUGUGGACGGCAUGGAGAAGUCCACAGCGGACAAACUGAAGCGGUCCAGCCUGAAGAAGGUGGACAGCCUGAAGAAAGCCUUCUCCAGACACAACAUCGAGAAGAAGAUGAACAAGAUCGGGACAAAGAUCGUUUCAGCAGAACAACGGGAGAAGAUCAAGCAGAGAACCGCCAGCCUGAAGGUCUCCCCUCUGACCUUUGGCAUCAAGAAGUCUCGCAGCAGCUCAGACUCCCAGCCUCCGGAGGCCUCAGGCCAGACCAGGGAGUCCCUCACAGCCGAGGCCGACGUCCAGCUGCCCUCAGCAGGCGGCGCUGAGCUGGAGCUCCCCUUCACCAAGGUCCACGCUCAGCUGGCCCCGAAUGACCAGCAGGGGGGGCUCCAAGACCAGGUGGAAGCGGUAGUGGAGGUCAGGGAGGAAGUAGAGAAGCAGCUGGAGGUUGUGGAGGAAGAGAAGGAGGAAGUGAAGGAGGGCUCACUGGUGGUGGAGGCUGACGUGUCGGUGGUCUCUGAGGGACUCAGUGAGGCGUACGCUCUGUCCUCCACCCUCCCUCAGGAGGACGGAGUAGAGGAGAAGGAGGAGGAGUCCUAAGCAGAACAUGAGCGUUAGAUCAGACCAAUCAGAGGGUCCAGAGUUUUCUUAAGGAACUCCACUCAGAUCGAAUCAAAAGGUUUUCUGCUUUAUUCCUCAAACUCUCCAUUAAAUGUCAACAAUCACAUUCUCCCAAAGGUUUUCCAACCUUCUCCUCUGAUAAACCUUGGGCCUCUCAGAGAUCACACCACCAUCACUGGUUCUCAUUUUAUGAUUUAUGUUGGGUCCAACCUGACCAAGAAGCUGGUGGAUCAUGAAACAAGGGAACCUCCAGGGUUUCUGUCCUGCCUAAGAGCAAACGCUGGAUCUGCAGAAUCCUCCAAUGUGUUUCCAGAGUUCCUCAAACAUCCCAACCAGGGCCUUUAAAUGUGUCCUGAUACCUGAAGCCCCUCCCUCAGAGGUUCAUCUGAUGACCUCCAGUCAGACCUCUGACCAGGUCUCAUUCAUUGUCUAUGAUGAACCCUCUGCGGUUGAUCCAAGUAUUUUUAAUGUCUUACAUUCCAAGGAGUUUUCUCUCUAUUUCUUGCAUUUCUCUAGAAGUUUCCACCACAUUCUAUCGCAGAUCCUAAAAAUCUCUGCCAGACGUUCAGCAGCGUUCCAGCGACCGCUGAGUUGAUGUUGCACCAGUGUUUGUUUGUCCUGCUUUACUCAUCAUGUUCCUGGUUUUCCAUUCAUCAGUUUUUAGUGGUUCUGCUGAUAUUCAAUCAAACAUUGUCUGAUUAUCUCAGAGUUGCUGAACGGCAGAAAGGUGAAACAUUUCCUGCCUGCUGUCACAUUAUUGAUAACCUUUGUGAUUCCAACUGAUUGAUUGAUCUAAAAUGGUUCAUUAAUGUUUUUUGUUUGUUCUGCCAAAGAUUAUUCCUUCUACAUCUCAUCUCUGGUGCUGAUGGGACAUUUCUUGUCCAAACGUCUCCAGACUGUGUGACUUAUGGUUUAUGUCUUUAGUUUUGCUUUUGGGCUCAGUGUAAUUCGGGCUCCUCUGCUUCACCUCUCUGAAGGCCACCUGCUGGUAGAUUGUUGUAAAUAUUGUUACACUUUUCUGUUCUCUGCUAUAAAAGUUUUAACUCUGUAGGUCAGAGGUCACUCUCCUAACCAGAGAAUAAACAUUAUGGUGCUUUUCACCUUA